AUGGAAGAAGAUGAUGACCCCAGAUGCCCCUCCAUAUUGUAUACAGCGGCAGAGAAAAUUCGAUGGAGGAGGGAGUGGAGGUCAGCGUUGGUCGUGAAGGGACUAGGUCGAAGAGUUCACUUUUUGCCAUUAUCUCGUAGACUGAACUACUUAUGGGCACGUCAUGGAGAGAUUCAAAUUACGGACAUAAAAAAUGGGUGUUUCCUGGUUAGAUUCAAGAACCGACUGGACUAUGAACUGGCGUCGUCAGGGGGGCCAUGGUUGCUGGGAGAUACUUACUUAACAGUUCACCGUUGGUUCAAGGGAUUUAAUCCGUGGACGACGAUCAUAAAAUCGACAAUAGUAUGGGUGCAACUCCCGGAGUUACCGGUUGAGUUUGUCAAUAAAGAAGCUGUGCUGCGAAUAGCGGAGAGGAUUGGGAAACCGGUUCGGGUAGAUAGGGCCACAGAAUUAGGGGCCCGUGCUCAGUUCGCUAGGGUAUGUGUUGAGAUUGACUUAACUAAACCACUCCUGUCACAGUAUAAGAUUGAAGGGAUAAAGUACUUGAUCCAAUAUGAGGGGCUGGAGAACAUUUGUGGGGAAUGUGGCACUUACGGAAAAUCUACUGAGGAGUGUGAGUGCAGACGGGAACAGCCGGAGUUCAAUGCGGAGGAAACUGACAUGGUCCCGGAGAUGCAGGAGCACGACCCUACUAAUGGGCAAGUUUUUGGGGAAUGGAUGACGGUCAAGAGGAAGGAAAGAAGGCCGAACCAACGAGGUGUGAAGAUGGGACAAAAACCGGGUAAUGUUACGUACAACCGUUUCAACGUAUUGCAUGGCGGGGGGACGGAGGAGUUGGAGGCUACUGGAUCCAUGCAUAAUGAGCAAAUGGCUGAUGAUUGUGAUACUAAUCACCCGGAGAAGGAGGAAAGGCUGAGGGACGAUGGAAUGGGGAAAAAGAGAAAAAAUACUAAGAAUAAAGAUUCACAAAAGAAGGGAGUAGAGCAAAGGAAGAAGGAGGGGGAAGUGACGAAGAAGACGAGUAAGGAGCAGGUUAAAGUCUUACAAAGGGAUAAUGGACCAAAGAAGACAGUAGGAAAUAAAGAGGCUGGGGGAGGGAAGCCGAAAGAGAACCUGAAGGAAAUAAGUAUGGUACAAACAAUGAGCGUUGGUGGAGGGUAUAACAACCAAGGGCCUGGAUCAGGUAAAAUGGUUGAUAAGAGAGCUGAGCAGGUUAUGAAUGUGCAAAAAGGUGCGGGGAACCCAUCCCCUCCCGGUCAUAAAUGA